CCAAGGUGAGGAGGCCUAGGUGAGCUUGAGCAGCUGUCCCUUUUCUCGAUCCUGCCAUGCUGCCUGCCGCUCUGAGGAAGUGGUUGAAUCGGCCUAAGAGGUCAGAUCCGCGGCUGCUGGCUCAAUUUUUCUUUGCUGAUGAACGGGUGACACAAGUGGUAACCGAAAUCAUCUGCCUUGAUGUACAGGAAGACCCUCAGCACUAUCUGGUGCUGCUGAAUCAACUUCAUGCCAGCCAGGAGCAGCUACUGGCAGUGAUGGAGCAGAUAAUAGAGGAGACUCUGUCUGGUGAUCGAAGGCCCCGGGACUAUGUGGCCAAGUUCCCAGAGGAGCUGCUGGGAGUGAACCUAGGGUCCCAUGUGCUCUUUGCUGCUGAGUGCCUGGUGGCUGGCUCCUUUGUGGAAACGGAUGAGCAUGCCCAGCAGCUGCUCCAGCCUUUAGCCCGAGACCUGCUGCUGAGCCUGGAGCAGGCUCGGGCUCUCCUGCGGGAGCAGAGUCUCAGUCGCCCUGGGCCCUGUUCUCAGUCUCUGCGUUCUGCUCUGCGGCGUUUUGACGACCUCUUUGCCGACUUUGAGUUCAACUAUGUGGCAAUGGUAGCACCUGUGAAAUCCCCGGAGGAGCUUGAACAGCAGCAGGAAGUGGCUGUUCUUUUCUGUGAGACAGUAGCCAGGGCCCUGGAACUUGGCUACCUAACCCAGGAGAUGAUUGACAGCUAUGACCCUAGUCUCAUGUUGACCAUACCUCGCCUGGCUAUUAUCAGUGGCCUUCUCAUUCACCCUGAGGGCCCUCUGAGCCUGAACCCACCUGAUGCUACAGCUUAUGUCUUCAGUCCCUUUCAAAGUCUUUUGCAGAAGAUCCAGGCCUUAUUGGUAGUAUUAUCAGCUGAUGAGCUCUUCACACUUGAACGGAGCCUGUGUAUGGCAGAUACCCCCUGGGAGGCAAUGGACAAUCCCAGACAAGAGAGCUCAGUAGCUAACACUUCUUGUCAGCCUCGGGUCAGGACCCUACAACCUGCCUCACAUGUGCCCUUCAAGCAGAAUCCAACCCCUGCUUGUCCAGAUCAGGGGUUAAAAGCAUCAAGUGAGAGUUUGGGAACCAAGCCAGGUACCUCCUUCCUGUGGACUGACUCUGGAGAUGCUGCCUGCCCCUUGCUGUUACAAGUACCCACUAAAGCCGAAUCCCCAGGCACCGUCCAACAUUCAAGAGAGCCAGGGAGACGAGAGCCCAGAAGAUAUGGUGUCUGCCAAGAUGUUGGGCAAGACCAGCUGGCGACUGCCAGGUCCUUGCAGGCAGAGAUGGGCUGGGCACUCCGGACCAGCUACUCGAGCCCUCAGAACAUGCUCCACUCUCUCUUUGUCUGUAUCUCAGGUGUAGCUGACCAGUUGCAGACCAACUUUGCCAGCGAACUCCGAGCCAUCCUGCAUAUGGUGUUCCAGGUGGUGGUAUCUAAGCCUGGGCCAGAGGAAGAAACAGAGGAAGGAGGAUGUGGGUUGGCUACCACUCUGGCAGAUUGCACCCUGUGUGGUGAAUAUGGCCAAGAAGAGCCUCCUGCCUGGGUCCCAGACCAUGCCUGUUUUCAUUGCACUGCAUGCCAGACUCCCUUUAGCCUCACUCGCCGAAGGCACCACUGCCGGAACUGUGGGAAGAUCUUCUGCUCACGAUGUUCCUCCAAAUCCGUGCCUCUGCCUUGGUUUGGCUACAUGAAGCCCGUGCGGGUGUGUCUCCACUGCUACGCUGCCCACGUCAUCCCAGGCUGCUCCUGACAUCUCUGCUCCAGUCGCCGGCCUUUGGGGCCAGCGGACAGAACUGCUUCUGCCUGUUUCCAGGCUCUGUGCUGGGGAUCAGGGAGGCCUAGAGGUUCCUGGGAUGGUCAUCUAGGGGGCUGGAUCUGCCCCGGGAAGGAGAACCUUUGGGAGAGAACUCCCCUGCCCUCCCUAGGGUGAGGGGGGGGCUCUUGGGGCCUUGGAUUAUGGGUCUGGGGCACUCUUUUCUCCCCAGUUUUGAAAAUUCUCAGGCAUACUGCUCUCACUGCUCCUGUACAAGCUUUGUGUGCACACUAUGAGUGAUCAAGAUCACUUCUCUCUCCUUUCGUUCCUUUCUAUUGGGUCUUAGAAUAGAUUUGAACCUACCUUUUAGCCCUUCUCAUCUCUGUCCCUGCCUUUUAGAGGCCUGGAGUCUGGGCCAGAGGGGGCACCCUGGUGAGUAUGUUUAGGUGUUUAUGUACCUAUGUCUGUGUGAGUGGUAAGGAGGGGAGCAGAGAAGUUAGGGGCCUCUUCUCACUUUAUGAAAACUUUCUUAUUGUAGCCAGUCUGGGCUUGUAAAUACCUGAUUUAUCCCAUCUGUGCCUGCCUUCCUAGUGGGAGUAAGGGCCAAGGGAGUUAUGGUUCCUAUUGCUCACAGGUGUAUUUUUGUUUAAUUAAAGACAGAGAUUCUUCAAAGUGGUCUUCGCAUCUCUCUUGUGGCCAGGUAGGCAGUGGGGGAUAGACAGAUGAAAGGAAGCAAAAAUGAAAUUUGUUCACAGCCUUUUACUAAAAGGGAGUGUGUGUGUGUGUGUUGGGGGGGGAUAGAAUAUUGAGGACCUGAGGAAUAAAAACAGACAGGCAUAAUCCCUGAUUUUUAUUCUGUACCUGAUAAUGAGGGGACCAGGGGACCCAGGUGGGGAAGCAGAUAGACAAUUCUUGGAGUCAGAAAGACUCAUCUUCCUGAUUUCAAAUCUGGCCUCAGAUACUUACAAGCUGUGUAACCCUGGGCAAGCCAGUUUAUCUGUUCUGGAGCUCAGUUUCUUUAGCUGUAAAAUGAGAGGGUUGGAUCUAAUAGCCUCCAAGGUCGUCUAGCUUGAAAUUUUUGAUCCUUGAUUCUUCUUUUAAUUUAACAUGACCUUAAAAAAAAACAACCCAAAACAACAAGCUUUCUUGGUGCCAUAUGUUCUUACAGCAUAGUUAUUUCCAGAUACUCUGUUCCCUGCUCCUCCCCACCCCUACCCAGAGCUUCCUUUGUAACAAAGAAAAACACUUAAAAGCAACAGAUCUUGCAACCCAGUCUUACAUCUUGGGCAACACUCCAGAGCCCCAACUUCUUCACCUUUCCAAUAAAAGGAAGGAGGAACAUUUCCUCAUCUUUUCUCUAGGGGUAAAAUUAGUCAUAAUAAUUACACAACAUUGGACUCUCCUUGAUUCUUUUAUUAUAGUCUCAAUGUCUAUUAUUUUUCUAGUUCUGCUUGCUUCUCUGCUUUAGUUCAUGCAAAUUUCCCCCCAGGUUUCUCUGGUUUAGUCACAUUUGUCAUCUGUGGUGAUGCAAUAAGAUUCCAUUCACUUCACAAGCCACAAUUUGCUCAGCUAUUCCUCUGAUUGGUGGACAACCAUUUUCUGAUCCUUGAUUUUUUUUUUAAGUGUUUUAAGGUUCCUUUUGUUGUUUGAGUUAGUCAUUUCUAGAUCUCUCAUUCCUCCACCCUCGAGGCCUUCUUUCACAACAAAUAAAAACAGCUAAGCAAA